AUGUGCGUAUCUAUAUGUGAGUGUGUCUGUGUGUACGUGCUUAUCAACGUGGAUGACGAAAGCCUGGUCUGCUACUGCACAGAAGCCAGAUGCGUGCAGACGAACUACAUGUGCAAGGUGAACAGUGUGGUCCAUGGCUGCAGUGGUGGUGGUGGUGGUAGUAUUAGUAGUAGUGGUGGUAGCAGCAGUGACAAGGGUGGUAAAAAAGUUUCGCUUCAAAACGAUUUGUCGGAUGUGGACCUAAACAAUGACAUUUGUUAUGGCUUUAAUGACGACGAUGAUGAUGACGACGACGACGAUGAUGAUAGUGAUGUUGUUGGUGAUUAUAAUGGUUUUGAUAAUGAUGGUGGUGAUGAUUACGGUGAUGAUAGUGAUGAAGAAAGUGAUGUUGAAUCUCGCGCUGCUGCUGAUGAUGAUGAAUAUGCUGGCAGGAAAAUAGAACGUCAGCCAAAAAUAAAUAAUAUCGACUUGAAAAACAAAAACAUUGUGAACAACAACAACAACAACGACGACAACAACAACCUCAACAACAACAACGACAACAGCAGCAACAACAACAACAAUCCAACCCGCGACCACAUUAAAAACAUCACAAUUUUUAAUAAUGACAUCCCCAGCAGGCAAUAUCGCCAUCACGUCGGCAGUAGAAAGAACAAACCAAACUAUAAGACAGACAAAAAAGUGAAAAAGACAAGAAAAACAAUUAGUCCCGCCAAUAAUUCAAAAUGGCGUCGCAGGUCCGGAAAUAGUGACGUCAGAGUGUAUGUGUCUUGCUGCCGGUCUGACUUGUGCAACUACAUGAAAAAUAAGAUUACUGUAGACAUCAGUGAAGAUGAUGAAGAUGAGGAUGUUGGAGAAAAUGAGAACGAAGACUAUGCUGGAAAUGAUGAUGGAAAAGAUGAUGACACUAAAACAAACAACAUCGUCGUUCAAAUAGAUGAAUCCAGUUACUCAGAUGAUGGCGACGGUCUUGUUAAUGUUCACAAUAGUCUUCGCAAGAAUUGGAAUAAAUUAAACGGAGGUAUGUAG